CUCGAUGCAACAUCGUUGCACUGGGCAUGUCACGGUUACAUUCAGAUGUUAGUUAAAAAGACUGGUACCCAGUUGUCGCCAGCUAGCCAGCAUAAACUAGCAUGCUGGGAAGGGCCAUUGAGCUUACGGAAUCGUCACCACUCGACUCUCAGCUGUGCGACAUACGUCAGCAAAUAGGGUAAUGUCUAUUGCCGCGUUCACGUGCUAGUCGGAACUAGGAAAGUCAAAUGUUCGACUUGCUAACUGGUUGUAGCUAUUCACAUGCCGCGUUCAACCAGUUAUCAAGUCAGAAAUGUCCGAGUUUCCUAGUUCCGACUAGUACGUGGACGCGGCAUAAGACUCUAUGGCGUAUAGCCACAGAUACUGGAUAUAAUGACGAGAUGCCUAUGUCUCCGCCCUAACAAUGGCAUUCGUUGUCCACAGCGCGGAACAGCGGCUUCCUAUCCUCUCUUUGGAUUGCCUCUCCCGUUUCAGAAGUCAUCAUGGCGCUCGCUUCCUCAGUCAAAGAGGAGCAUCCUUUUAACCACCUGAUUGACACGCUGAAAGAUGGCGACCGGAAGUAUUUCAAUCCACAGAAGCUGAACGAUGCAAGAUACAACAAGCUGCCUCUCUCCAUCCGUGUCCUCUUGGAGGCGGCCAUACGCAAAUGCGACGGCUUCUACGUGAAAGAAGAGGACGUCCACAACAUCCUAGACUGGAGCGAGCAGCAGAAUGUGGCGGAGGUGCCCUUCCCUCCUGCCCGGGUCCUGCUGCAGGACUUCACGGGCAUCCCUGCCAUGGUGGACCUGGCUGCCAUGAGGGAUGCAGUGAUCAAACACGGAGUGGACCCCUGCCUGGUCAACCCUGUGUGCCCAACGGACCUCAUCGUUGACCACUCGCUACAGAUCGACCUCAACAAAUGUGCCAUACAGAACUCCCCCAACCCUGGUGGAGGAGAUAGCCAGAGCCAGGGACCUCUGUCUCGCCCCUCCCCCACCAGACCCACACCCAGAAGGGGGUCCCAGUGCGGAAGCGAGAGAGGGAGCUGCAGCAAAGGGGGCUGCAGUGACACCCCGGGAAGACCCGCCCCUGCUGUCCAGCAGAUUGAGAACACCCCUCUCCUAUGCCCCUUCCACCUACAACCCGUCUCUGAACCUGAAACAACUCUGAAAAACCAGGAGUUGGAGCUGAUCCGAAACAAAGAACGGCUACAGUUCUUUAAGUGGUGCUCCAAAGCGUUUAAGAACGUGAACGUGGUGCCCCCGGACGUGGGCGCAGUCCACCAGGUUAACCUGGAGUACCUGUCUCGGGUGGUGCAGGAGAGCCAGGGCUUCAUCUACCCAGACAGCGUGGUGGGCACAGACUCUCACACCACCAUGAUCAACGGCCUGGGCAUCCUCGGCUGGGGUGUGGGAGGGAUCGAGUCGGAGGCAGUGAUGCUGGGCCAGCCCAUCUCUCUGACCCUCCCCCAGGUGGUUGGCUGCAGGCUGGUAGGCUCCGUCAACACCCUGGCCACUUCCAUCGAUAUUGUUCUGGGGAUCACCAAGCACCUUCGUCAGGCGGGCAUAGCUGGGAAGUUUGUGGAGUUCUUUGGUCCUGGCGUGUCCCAGCUGUCUGUCCCAGACAGGACCACCAUCGCCAACAUGUGUCCCGAGUACAAUGCCACCGUCAGCUUCUUCCCUGUCGACCAUGUCACACUCAAGCACUUUAAGCAAACAAACUUUACUGAGGAGAAACUUCAAUUAUUGGAGGCUUAUCUGAAGGCUGUGAAACUCUUCAGGAGCUAUGAGGACUCGUCAGAAGACCCACAAUAUUCUGAGGUGAUUGAAAUCAACCUGAGUUCCAUGGUGCCCCAUGUGAGUGGGCCCAAAAGGCCCCAGGACAGGGUGGCCGUCAGCAGCAUGAAGGAGGACUUCCAGAGCUGUCUCAACGAGAAGGUGGGUUUCAAAGGGUUCCACAUCUCCAAGGAGAAGCAGGAGAGCCUGGUGCCGUUCCUCCACGGUGGUCAGGAGUACAAGUUGGCCCACGGCUCUGUUGUCAUCGCAGCCGUCAUCAGCUGCACCAACAACUGCAACCCCUCCGUCAUGCUGACCGCAGGUUUGCUGGCCAAGAAAGCGGUGGAGGCGGGCCUUAUCGUCAAGCCUUAUAUCCGCACCAGCCUGGCUCCUGGCAGCGGCAUGGUCACCCACUACCUCAACACCAGUGGAGUACUGCCUUACCUCAGCCAGCUAGGGUUUGAGGUGAUAGGCUAUGGAUGUGCCACCUGCGUUGGAAACACUGCACCUUUACCAGAGACCGUCACUGAAGCUAUAAAAGAGGGGGACUUGGUGGCCUGCGGAGUGCUGUCUGGGAACCGACACUUUGAGGGACGCCUAUGUGACUGUGUCAGGGCCAACUACCUGGCCUCUCCUCCCCUAGUAGUGGCGUACGCCAUCGCCGGUACCGUCAGCAUCAACUUUGAGAAAGAGCCUCUAGGUGUGACCUCUGAGGGGAAGGAGGUGUACCUGCGGGACGUGUGGCCCACCAGGGAGGAGGUGCAGCACAUAGAGCAGGACAAGGUCAUCUCUUCCAUGUUCACAGAGCUCCGUGCCAGAAGGGAGAAAGGGAACACGUUUUGGAACAGCCUUGAAUGUCCAGAGUCUGUGGUUUUCCCAUGGGAUCCCAAAUCCACAUACAUCCGCUCUCCUUCCUUCUUUAACAAACUUUGUAAAGAGGUCCAACUGCCCCAGUCCAUAGAGAACGCCCACGCCCUGCUGUUCCUGGGAGACAAGGUGACCACCGACCACAUCUCCCCUGCCGGGAGCAUCGCCAGGGUCAGCGCUGCUGCCAGGUACCUGGUGAGCAAACGCCUUACACCACGAGAGUUCAAUUCGUACGGCGCCCGGAGGGGAAACGACGCGGUGAUGACCCGAGGGACGUUCGCCAGCAUCAAACUCCAGAACCGAUUCAUCGGCAAACCGGGCCCCAAGACCCUGCACAUUCCGUCAGGCCAGACGCUGGACGUGUUUGAGGCAGUAGAGCGCUACCAGAGAGACGGGGUUCCCCUCAUCAUCCUGGCAGGGAAGCAGUACGGCUCGGGAAACUCUCGGGACUGGGCGGCCAAAGGACCCUACCUACUGGGUGUGCGAGCUGUCAUAGCUGAGAGCUUUGAGAAGAUGCACAAGAACCACUUGGUGGGCAUGGGCAUCGCGCCCCUCCAGUUCCUGCCAGGCCAGAGUGCCGAUUCGCUAGAGCUCUCCGGGAAGGAGAGGUUCACCAUCACUCUACCAGAGGACCUGUCCCCAAAGCAACUGCUGACUGUCAAAACUAGCUCUGGAAAUACCUUCAGUGUGACGACUCUGUUUGACAGCGAGAUGGACGUGGCCUUUUACCGGCAUGGCGGGCUGCUGCGAUACGUGGCUCGGACCAUGCUCUAGACUAGAGAAUUUUAGCUUAACUCAACAUUUAACCCCAAGGCCUAAUGAUUUUCUUACUGUGCUUAGCUAUGGGGUUAUUCAUGCUCCAACCAUCUAGUUGAAUGGGUGGAAAUGGGCCUACUAAACUAGCCUGCUCCAGUAGGGAAGACACAGAAGCUAAUUCACAGAGAUUAUUUACCCUCCUCCGCCCACAGACAAAUGCCUCCCAGGUCUAAACCGAACCUGUGCCGUUUUGAACUGCUUGUGACCAGUCUGCUCCGCUUCAGACUAGCUCAGACCAGCCCAACGUUCUUUCAGCUCCAAGACCAGCUCAGUCCUCUUUGACGAUAUCAGUCCACUUCAGCAUUUAGACCAACACAAUCCACUUUAGAACAGAUUGAUACUCAACGGCUGAGAAUGCCCCAUCCAGAACAACCUGUUCCAGCAGGGUGCCUGUUCCAUAGGGUGGAAUGUUCAGAACGUUGCAGUGUAGAAGUCCAAUGUAUAGAAUGGACAUAACCUGAUAUGUUGUGAAUGAAAGGGUUGUGUCUGAUUCUAAGUCAUAGAUUUUUAUCUGCGUCAGUCUGAAAGUUUCACCUCUUUUGAACAGGUAUCUGCACUUUUUUUCAGCGCUUGAGCUUCCUGACCACAUCAGUCAAGUUCAAUUCUGAGACCAGAUUGAUCUACUUUAGCCUACCAGAUGAGACCUUGUGCCCAUUUCCAACCUGACUCUUUCCCUCUACUCCUUUGAUGCUUAUGUAGAUCUUAUGUAGAUCUGGACAGAUUGGAUUGGUGCAAUAGGGAGAAUAUGAACAUUCUCAGAAUGAGUGUGGAGGAAACAGUUGUUUUUUGCCAUCCAUGUCUGCACAGCUUCAUUGUCUACUGGUUGAACUGAUUAUCUGACAACGGGGUUAGUAGGGUGUUGAAACUGUCAAUUUCACUGGGGCUGAGGCAGAGGUGUCAAUGUCCUUCGCUUUGGUGCUUCUCAUGACAAUUUGCGAGGUCAUCUGAACUAGAACUGUAUAUCUCUAUAUAGCUCUGAUAGUCUAGUUUGAUCUACAAUAUCUCAUUACAUGUUGCUUGUCAGGUACCGGUAUUUUCAAAGGUUUACAAAGUAGUGGGCAACCAUUGUUCAUAUGUGUUGGUAUUAACACUGUAUGGUUUGACAUUUUCCAUGUUAAGGCUGUCUGUGUGACAAUGUUGCCUCCGUUGGCUUACUCCGAUAAUGGCACUAUAUGAAACUUUAUCCAUCCAAUAUAAUUGAGACUUCUGGAAUGUGGAUUUGAACAUUAGCUUUUAAAUAUAUACUUUAGAGAGCAUGAUUGUCUGCAUUUUAUUUAAAGGCGGGGGGGUGGGGUUCGUCAUCAUUGAGAUUGUCAUGUAUUUAUUGUCAUACUAAAUUCAAACAGUUGACUGUCUGGAGCUAUUUGAAAACCCAAAAUCUUGUUUUUUUUAAGAUUGAACAACGCCAGUGUGUUGCCAUGACACAUUUCCAAAACAAGUUUAAGCCGAGAACAGGGUAUCCUGACCUGUAAUGAUGUCAAUCGUCUUGAGGGUGCAUACACACGUGUUGAUGUCUUUGGUUGUCAAACUACAAUUAGCCUGAUUUAGGCUUAUUGGUUGACUAUGUGUUGUUGCGUUUUGAUUGGGUACUUGAGUCCCGGCCGGGGGCCUGAUCAAGAUGGUGCAACGUUGAAGAACUUUCAGAAUCAGGUAGAAAUGUCUAGUGUAGAUCGGAUGUAAUUGUCAUGUAGAACAGGUAAUCAAGUCAACUGUAUUUAUUUCUAUCUACAAUGUUAUUCUGAGUAUUUCACCUCACUGAGUAUACCCCAGCUUUAUGUUAACGCAAUUUGCCUUGAAAGUGUGAUCCGUUCUUUAGGCUUGACUUCACAGGUAUGCGUCUCACUGACUGCGUUGUGGAAUUGAGGUUUUUCCUGAGAAUACACUAGCACACAGUAAUUUAGUAAAUUUCAAUCAAUGGAUGAUAUAUGUGGUGUUAUUUGUGCAUAGCUGUUGUUGGGGUACUGCUUCUUUUUUCAUUUUCACAAAAAAUUGACCAUAUGCAAACAAAGCAAGUGCAAAAUUGCACAUAACAAGAAGUACCUGGUUAAUGCAGAGAAGUGGUAUAAAAUAAAAACGAAGAGAAAAAAAAUGGUGUACCGAAAUACUGAAUUAUAACAGAUAUUGUAUAUAGUUUUUAAUAAAUGAUUAAAAGGAAAGUUUGUUCGUUGAAUGUUUUGCUGUAAAGAAACUGUACAAAAACAUCUGUAUUUGGAUGCUAGGCUCUCAAAUCAGUGCUGGCAUUAUUGUUCCAGCACAUCACCAGCAAGUCCAAGAAAGGCCUUUUCACACUGCAAUGUUCUUAGCCCCGGGCUAUUUUACCCCCAGGCUGGACUAGCCCUGGGCUGGACUAGCCCUGGGCUAGCUUAGCCUGUGUUUACACAAGCAUUUGUUAACCCUGGGGCUAAGCUUUAGCCCUGGGCUAAGGAUUUACACUUGUAUAGAGGAAGACAGGUUUGUGUCGUCAAUGACAUGAGGCUCAUGGUUUUGUUUAGCAACGAACAAGAAGGGUAAAGCUUUUGAACGUUGGAAAACCCAUUCACUUACAUGUGUUUUGCUUGAAAUUAACAUGCUAUAUUUGUAUGUUUAAAUGCCAUCUUAACUGGCUGUAAAAUAUAACCUUUUACUACAGCACUACUAAUAUCCAACUUAAACUUGAAGAACGUCUGUGCUUUGCCAGAAGAUACCGACCCUUCCGUUAUGCUUGUUUACGCUGAGCUGCACUGAGGUCGGAAUGCGAUCCAUUACAUUCUAUCCAGCUCAUUUUCGAACGUUGCUAUGGGCACAGCCAAACAACAGAAGUGAUGGAUUCGACUUCCGCUUUACUUCCCUACUGCAGCGCAACAGUGGCAAACUUGCCAGAGUAAAUUAUUUGAAGGGGCAAUUUAUUGAGAAUAAAAGUCAAGUAAACAAGUG